CUGCAGGGAGGCGCUGGCCCUUCGCCAGGCUGUGUUCUUCCUCCCCGUUACGUCUUCCUGUAAAUAGGAUUCUCUCCCCUCCCAGCUGUGUGAGAAGCAGCAGCGCAGAGCGAGGUACGGACACAACGCAACACAAUUCACAGCAAGACAGGGCAAGAAUGACUUCUUACAGCGACACGGUAAACCUUCUUCGGGAGAGCUUCAUGUCAGGAAAGACGCGGACGGAGCAGUUCAGACGUUCCCAGCUGGAGGCUCUGGGGAAGCUUAUAGAGGAGAACACGGCCGAGAUCUAUGAGAGUCUUAAGAAGGAUCUUCGCAAGCCCCAGUUUGAAGCAGAGAUCUCUGAGCUGAGCUUAAUAAGAAGUGAAAUAAAUUUGGCCAUAAACAAUCUGAAUUCCUGGAUGAAAGAUGAACACGUGUCCAAAAACAUCGCCACCUCUUUUGACUCAGCCUUUAUCCGCAAAGAUCCGUUUGGUGUGGUCCUUAUCAUAUCCCCCUGGAAUUACCCUGUUCAAUUAGCCCUCAUCCCACUGGUGGGGGCUAUUGCUGCAGGAAACUGUGUGCUUCUCAAGCCAUCAGAGAUAAGUCCGAAUACAGAGAGGCUCCUCGUAGACGUUCUCCCGCGAUAUCUGGAUAAGGACUGCUACGCCGUGUUUUGCGGUGGGGCGGAAGAAACGUCUCAGCUCUUGGAAAACAAGUUCGAUUAUAUCUUCUUCACAGGAAAUCCGCACGUUGGCAGAAUAAUAAUGACAGCUGCAGCAAAGCAUCUGACCCCGGUAACUUUGGAGCUGGGUGGGAAGAACCCGUGUUACGUGGAUGAUGAUUGUGACGUACAGAAUGCAGCCAAGCGCAUCGCAUGGACAAAGUUUUUUAAUGCAGGUCAGACAUGUCUUGCUCCAGAUUACGUCCUCUGCAGCGAGAGGACGCGAGACAAGCUUCUGAGUGCUAUGCAGAGUACAAUCCAGGCCUUCUAUGGAGAGGACCCCAAACUGUCCCCAGACCUGGCCAGGAUCAUCACUGACAGGCAUUUCCACAGAGUGUCUGGCUUUCUUGGCUCGGGAAGAAUUGUGACAGGAGGGCAGACUGAUGAAACAGAAAGAUAUAUCGCUCCCACACUCCUCGUUGAUGUCAAAGAGUCCGAUCCAAUCAUGCAGGAGGAGAUCUUUGGGCCGAUUCUUCCAUUCCUCACCGUAGAAGGCAUAGAAGAUGCGAUCAGAUUCAUUAAUCUGCGAGAAAAACCUCUGGCCGCGUACGUGUACUCCUGUAAUGCGCAGGUUGUUGAUCAGUUUCUGACCAGAACACAAAGCGGAGGAUUCUGUGCCAAUGACGGUUUGAUGCAUUCGACGCUCACAGCGCUUCCGUUUGGAGGAGUGGGAAACAGUGGAAUGGGGAAAUACCACGGCAAAUUCAGCUUUGACACAUUCUCCCACGAUCGCGCAUGCCACCUGCGCAGUGCUGGCCUCGAGAAACUAAACGAAGUGCGAUACCCACCGUACAACCUGAGUCGUCUGAGCAUCCUCCGGUACUCUACGGAGGUGAAGCGUAAGGGAGGCUGUUCUCUCCAGUGACCCAGCGGCACAGGCCUCUCUCCGCACGGCCGACCUCGUGCUCCUCCACUCUGCAGAUUAUGCUUCGCUUGGAAACUCAAAUAAAUAUUUUUCCAUAUCAAUGUA